CUCCUCAGGGAUAUUUUUAUUCAUUACGAACUGAAGUUUAUGACAAUGGUAUCGACGUCUCAAUUGUUUGUCCUGGACCAGUCAAAUCAGCUAUCGUGGAGAAUUCAGUUUCUGAGAAAUUCGGCAAGGCAUGUAGAACUAUUUAGUAAAAAUUUUCAUUCCAAGGUCUAUCUGUAACGUUGGAAGUCAAGUUUUCAUGUUUAAGUGCCGCUCGAAUAACGGCGAAAUUAUAAUGAUGCAAUUUUGAAGCUUUGCAAACUUUUUGUUCUUUAGCUGUUGCAACGUUUCGAAGUUUUUCAACAGUGUUUAUUUGAGUGCGUCGCCCUAUAAAAUUCAUUUUGAUAAAUAUCUGUAUAUAAUAGGAAAUAGGAGAAGUUAUUAGGUUCGUUGCUCAGCGUCUCUGCUUUAGCAAGGGAAAUGUGAAUUGACAUGGGAGAGUAAGUUAAAUGGAGGGCAUUGAGCAAUUCCUUGGUAAUUAUUCAUCACUGGAGUAAAGCUUGUCAAGGAGAAUUUGGACCAGGUGGUUUGACAUUCUACUUUUCUAUGAAAUGUUCGAAUUGAUGGGGAUGCAACUACCUGAAAAAUACAAGUAGAACUUCGUCGUUCCUAGCGAGGGUUCUCCAUCGGGAAGCUGAUAGGCUUACUAACUUCCUGACGAAGGACUUCGCUCUCAAGGAAUUUCUCCUUGUAUUUUCAGGUAAUGACAUCACUACCAAUCCGACGCUUUCUUAUUAUUGGUACUUCCUACACUGGUACAGGCAGACGUUCAAGAUUAUUUUUCUUUAUAUAAUAGAGUGCGAAGCUUUCUUAUUAUUGGUACUACCUACACUGGUACAGACAGACGUUCAAGAUUAUUUUUCUUUAUAUAAUAGAGUGUGAAGCUUUCUUAUUAUUGGUACUACCUACACUGGUACAGACAGACGUUCAAGAUUAUUUUUCUUUAUAUAAUAGAGUGUGAAGUUCUCUUAUUAUUGGUACUACCUACACUGGUACAGACAGAUGUUCAAGAUUAUUUUUCUUUAUCCCCGAGCCGACGGCGCGAAGCGCCGUGCGAGGGUACUAAUUUCCCCCCGGCUAUUUACACCCGGGGAAACGAAAGCAUUAGCGGAGUCUAAAGUUCAUCAAAUAUCGCGGGCGUGGGUCACCAACGGUGUUGGGUUGGUGGUCAUCCUCACUGAUCUCAAAAAUACGGCGGACUGUCACGAAUAGCGAACACUGAUUGGUCCAAUUUAAAGUUUGCAUUAUAACGACCGCAUGACGACAGCGAAAUAGCAAACAUUUCUUGAGUUGAUUUGAUGAUUGAUAAAUUUCUUGCAAAUAUAUUUCAUUUUGCUCGCAUUUUUGCAAGAUUUUGUAAAUUUCAAAAGCUCUCUGAGAAAGGAGCUGCGAAAGAAUCGGCUAAAAGAAGGGAGCCGACGUUAACGAAGGUAAAUUUGUUUUAAUUUUUGAUUUUAUAAUGGAUUUAAAACCCGACUGCCUUUGCGUAUAUGAAACAACUAAACAAGACAGCAUAUAAUUUCAAUGUAUCUUUAAUAUUGAUUCCCUUUUUAUGAUAUUGAAUUUUUUUAAAUAAAUAAGAAAGCAAAGUUAUGUGCAAGCGAGAAUUUUAAAUAAUUUUAUUGCAAACACAAAGUUUAUCGAUAAAGCCAUUUUAAAAGGCACUUUAGUUUUAUAUUAAAGAACACUAAUGACUUUAAAACGCUUUGCGAAGCGUUUGUGGUUGAAUUUUACCUUAAAUCGAGGCUUAUAUUACGUAUAAUAACAUAUAUAUAUAUAUAUAUAUAUAUGUUUGCGAUGUUACUCUGAGUGCAUAUCCACACCGGGCGAGCUUGAAAAAUAUGCCCGGCCACGGUGGGAUCCCACCGUGGCCGGGCAUAUUUUUCAAGCUCGGCCGGUGUGGAUAUGCACUCAGAGUAACAUCGCAAACAUAUUAUUCACCUGAGUACACAAGACCAACACAGAAAAAAAACCAUAUAUAUACAUAUAUAUACAUAUAUAUACAUAUAUAUAUAUAUAUAUAUAUAUAUAUAUAUAUAUAUAUAUAUAUAUAUAUAUAUAUAUAUAUAUAUAUAUAUAUAUAUAUAUAUAUAUAUAUAUAUAUAUAUAGAUGUUGGGAAAUUAAUAAUUUUUUGAUUAAAAGUGAUGUUUAUAGGGGAUUUUUCAUUUGUAAGAACAUUCUUAAAAAAAUAUCGUGUUACCACGACAACUUAGAUACUUCAUGUUCGUAAAAUACAAUGGUUUUGUCAGCAAGGCGAGGGUUUCUGAAUGCAUGUAUUUUCUAGUACUAGUAUAAUAGAGUGCUAAUCUUUUUUAUUAUUGUCACUACCUACACUGGUACAGACAGACGUUCAAGAUUAUUUUUCUUUCAUGUUCGUAAAAUACAAUGGUUUUGUCAGCAAGGCGAGGGUUUCUGAAUGCAUGUAUUUUCUAGUACUAGUAUAAUAGAGUGCUAAUCUUUUUUAUUAUUGUCACUACCUACACUGGUACAGACAGACGUUCAAGAUUAUUUUUCUUUAUAUAAUAGAGUGCGAAGUUUUCUUAUUAUUACCACUACCUACACUGGUACAGACAGAUGUUUAAGAUUAUUUUUCUUUAUAUAAUAGAGUGUGAAGCUUUCUUAUUAUUGCCACUUCCUACACUGGUACAGACAGACGUUCAAGACUAUUUUUCUUUAUAUAAUAGAGUGCGAAGGAUACGCCAUAUGGUAAAGAAGAUAUGUCAAAGCGUAUGGAAACAGAUCAGUUUGCUAAAUAUAUGGCAAUUGCGAUGGUGAAUAAAUUAGAUGAAUGUUGGAUAUCACCUGAACCUGGAUUGUGGGUAGUAUAUGCUUCACAGUAUAUACCUAGCAUCUUCACUUGGUAAGAAUGAUCAUAUUUGUUCUAACUUAAUUAAAACUGAUUUCCAUUUGUUUUUCCAUUUCAUAUUAUAAUACUGUCUAAUUAUCUCAAAACCAAGACAUUAAAUCAUAUAGAAAGCUGGAUGAUGUCCUUUUGUUCACAUUUAAUAUAUAUGAAUGGAUUUAAAUUUUUCCGUCAGUAAUAUGCAGGUAGGAACAAUGUUUAAUUAGAAAGCGGCCUUUGUCAAUGUAUAUACACCAUAGAAUAUUGUUAAUGGCAGCUGUAUUACACUUUCGUUAUAUAAGGGAGAGGAGGGAGUGGUGUUUCAUUUGUUGGUGGGCGCUGCUCUGACACACUGUUUAGAAGGAUUGCAAUUUACAAACUUUUCAGUUAGUUUUAGGGAAACCGCUGUGUUGCAAAUGGAAAAGGCCGUAAGCAGUGGAGAGGGAGAGGGGAGAAGAAGCAACUGUCCUACAGAGAAAAUAUAAAUUACUAAUAUUAUCAUGUUAUUGUAAAUUAGUAUUAUUAAACCAAAUGGUGCUUAUACAUCUAACUGAUAUGGCUUUGAAUGCAUUCACAUUUCGGUACUUAUUUCAGCAUUAGGAAUUCGUGCCCGCGGGUGAAAAAAUCUUGCGUACGGCCCUGGCUGUGGUCGCAGCAAUUCUCCAGUAAAUACAAUAUUCACAAGUUUGUUAUGGGAGUCAUAACACUUUAUUUCCUUGUUAGGUUAUAUAAAAGAUAUGGUCUCCGACAUAUGAAGAAACUGCGCCAUAAUGAAGGUAAUGUUCCCGACAUAUCGUGGCAUGAAAAUGUAUCCUGAUGAUCAUCUACAUAACAUUUCAAAUACCGUAGACCUCCGAAUAUAAGUCCAUCCGAAUAAAGCCCCACCCAGGUGUAUAUAAGCCGGCCAUAUUCACUAACCCUCAGGCCAUUCCGAAUAAUAUUAUACCUCAAAUUCAAAUUGUCCAAUGAAAAAACAGCAUUUGUACCACGUGAUAGUGUGAUUUUUUACGGUAUUUCACUCAAAUUCAUAAUUUCGCAAUCCAGCGUGGGAUACUAUAAUAUCCCACGGCAGAUCUACCGUGGGAUAUUAUAGUAUCCCACGAUCACGCGCGACGCGUGGACACCACGCUCUGAAUUCUGAAACAAUAUAUAUGGCGUUCGCGAGCUGUUGCAUGUUUGUAUUAAUUUCGUACAGAACUACAGAAGAUUUUAAUAUUAAGUAAACCAAAUAUUUCAACACGUAUGUACUUUCAACGAUCCAAAGGAUACUUGCUCAAAUAUUUUAAGGAGAAAACGUCAAAAACUCAGGUAUAGAUAAGAAAUUAAAAAUUGUAUUCGCGUAGUUAUUAAUAAUAUUCUGCUGAAUAUUAUUAAUAACUACGCGAAUACAAUUUUAAAGUUUAUUCUGAACCUGAUAGACUCUUAGUGAAUUCUUUAACUUUCGGUUUAAUAUAUCAUUUAUAGACCCUCCGCUCGGGGGAUUUGGCGAUAUUUCCCGAAGUGAUGAUAUUUUCCGAGGGGCUUUGGGUCUAUAAAUGAUAAUAAUCCCCCCCCCCCGAAUAUAAGCCCCGCCGCGCACAAGCCCAUAUCAUGGGCGUAUUAUUGGACAACAACUCAGAGAAAAAUGACGAUUAGAGUAUUAUAAUAUGUUAAGCAACUUGCUUUAUUAUGUGCUAUAUACUUCAAUCAUGUUUAUAUUUCUUUUCGUUCAUAAAUAUUAUUACUAACAACAAACGUCGUCUCUAUAUAUUUAAUAUAUGGAGAUUUUUGGGCAUCUCGCUCGAUAGAACUAAGAAGUGAAUGACUUUUGCGGAGGAUAAGACUGACAGUUGCAAGAUAUAUAUAUAUAUAUAUAUAUAUAUAUAUAUAUAUAUAUAUAUAUAUAUAUAUAUAUAUAUAUAUAUAUAUAUAUAUAUAUAUAUAUAUAUGUAUAUAUAUAUAUAUAUAAAGUGCCGCAUUUGUCCUGUUUCCUUCAGGUUAUAGAAUCUGUUACAAAGCUUGCCCGGGAUGAACCCAUCUUGUGGGGAUUGACCGGAUGCGAGUAACUGGUGCAAACCGUUUUCAACUAUAAUAAAAUGGCAUAGAGUGCUCGAAUAGCACGGCAAGUACUAUUGUGUGUGUGUAUUCUUUCGUUUUAAGCGUCCAUGCAGGGUCACAAGGCCUGCAGCUAAACUAUAUGUGACAGUAGUUUAGUAACUCGCGAGUGGAAGGAAUACGAGGUAAUUGAGUUAAACAGUGAUAUGUCGUAAGUGAAACAAACACUUGACAAAAAAUACCAUGAUAUAUAUAUAUAUAUAUAUAUAUAUAUAUAUAUAUAUAUAUAUAUAUAUAUAUAUAUAUAUAUAUAUAUAUAUAUAUAUAUAUAUAUAUAUAUAUAUGGGUACUUAUAGUGUAGAAUAAUGAAAAAUUUCUUGUAAAUCAGGGGGCGGGGUGAUUUGUUUAGGAAAAAAUGAACAGUUUAAACUAAAGCAAAUUGUCUGAAAUUUUGUACAGUAAUUAAAACCCCAACAUAUUUUCCAUUCAUUAACUCAAAAUACGAUUAAAGCUUUUAAAUUUCAUCCGCAAGCCAUUUUUAGUUUCUUGGAAAAGACACCCCCCCCCAUAGUUUGCACAAUUUGAGUCCGAGUAUUUUUUUUCAUUAUUCUACAUUAUGGGUCCUCAACGAAUCUCUAUAUAACAAAAGCGUGAUACCCCGAGCUGUUUUGUGAAAUUGAGAGCAAGUCAAAUCUGUUCAGUUUUUUUAUACACCCUGUAUAGUUCCUCUGGAAUCGCAGAUGAAUCGAAAUCGCAGAGGUUCGAUUCCUGCCAGAGUGUCUAUACUGUAUGUCAGGUUGAAAUUUCGAAAUUUCUAUCCAUAAGAAUCCUUCUGUUAGUUCUUGGUUAACCAGAACGUUCAACCUGCAGGAAUUUUAACCAGAGUGUUUUUAAAUUGUAUUGCCUUUUAAAGUUCAGUAUCAUUCCAAUUUUAAUCAUUUCGAUACUUUUCUUUAUUUUAUAUAAAAACUUCGUUUGAACUUGUUUGAAAAAUAUUCUACAACGCCCUUGCAAUGGAAUAUGACAGAAUUGUGACUUAUUGAUCAGUCAUUCCAGAUUAUUUGUUCUUUUAUAGAGAAGAAAGAAAAUUAAAAUAUGGGAUGGAUAAAUAUGUUCCUCGUAAACAAUAUACUAUAUGUUACUGCAAAUAGUACAUAGUUACAUUAUCUUGUAAUUACAAAAUUAGUGAAUAAAUUAGAAGUGUUCAUUAUUAUAAAACAUUAAAUAUUAUAAAUAUAUUUUAAAUAGAAAAUAUGUUGAUAAGAAAAUAUGUCCAUAAUGUUGACGAAGAAACCAUGAACGACCGAUCACCAAGCGUUUCCUUGAUUUACCCCGAGGAUAUGAUAAUAAAAGGCCAUUGUUAGACGUACGUAAAUUAUAACGACCAGGCGUAGUAAUUGGGAUAAGUUCCUGCAUGGCUCAAUUCUCCCUGUUAUCAUCCCCCCGGGAUUUGCGAAUAUUUUAUUUCCAUAAUGUAAAUUCCGCACCCCCUGGAAAAUAAAGAAUGGCAAUUCCCUACACCGGCGACAACAUUCACAAAUCAUUAUUGCAUACAAACAUGUUAUAAAUCGAAAUUUUACAAAUG